UUUAGACAAAUCAUAAAGACUUCAACAUGCUUACCAAGUCGUCAAAUAGGAAUGGCUAAUUGACGAUGACUUUUUUGUUGUAAAGAUGAUUGCAACAAAAGAGACAGGCGUGUGUCAAUUACACACACAUGGGAAAGCGCGUGACCCUAAAAAUAGCAACAAGGAGCUACGUGACGAAAAGAAAGAGUAAAAAUCGUCUUAGGGGAUCCGUGCGCCGUAUUUAUAAAACAACAGAUGAUGUACACGCGUGAGCGCGCUUUCCGAGUACACGCGGUGACAAAUAAAAAUAUAAAGAAAACCCUGAACCAGCUCAUUGGCAAACAAAGUGAUCAUGUGACAUUGUUUGAGCAAAAAUCUUGACGCAUAGCUAUACUAAAGACAAGGGAGGGAAAGUUAGAAAACAGUUAGACCUUGUGCCGUCAUGAAAUCAACAGUCGGGCAGUUGGAUUUAGUCCGUGAAGCAGCACCUCAAAUAACCCGUGAACGUGAAUUCAAAUUUACAUUUAAGAGUUAAAAGUGCAUCUACAUCAUGAAUCGGCCUGCAGUUGUUACCCAAAUGGUCGACGCAAUCAAAGAAGGAUUUGAAACACUCGGACCCACUGAUAACGAUAAAUUCUUUGGCCAAUACGUCGCCCUAUUUCUUACCAAUCAUUCACUAUUUAUGAGCGAGACUGGGCUAAGUCAAUCAUACGAAAUCGGAGAGGAAUGUUUCUUACUCAACAUUUUGGCGACGGAACAGCUGGAACGAAAAGUGUCCGUCUGUCGCCAAUUACUCGCUGUGGCCAAUAUUAUUGAGCCCAGGUCUGACUCGAAUCAGAGGAGUAACAUUGUACGAAAUGCACGCCCCGAUGUUGCUGCUAGCAGAACGGACUUUCAAGGCCGGCCAUUGCACAUUUACUAAUUUCAAAAAAAGGCUUGAAGCAGUUCGGACCAUUUUGACUGAAGCAACAGAAAUCUUUGCCCAGGUGGAAAAUCAUACUGCGACUGAGGAAGCCAUGAGUGUGGCAGCUGAUCAAGCUCUAGUGCAAAUUCAGGGUUGGAUUGCCUAUGUAUUUGAUAACACCUGAAUGUCAGGUGUCAUGGCUGUUGAGCAUGCUAUACUUCAAAAUGAGCUUAUAAUGAGAUUGCCUUAUGUUUUGUAUGUCAAAUAUACUCA